GCAGUGCUAACCAGGGUGGGGACACUCGCUCAGCUAAAUAGUUAAGCUGCUGCUUAGUUACUGGGAGCUCAGAUUAUACUAGCUGGCAGAGAGGAAUGUCAGGAUCUCCUGGAGGCACAGCAAGAAGUGCAAGAGAAGUCUUGCCUUAGCUCGGAGAGGCUUUUCCAAUCCUGCUAUCUCUGUUUCUGAGAACUCUGCCCUCAGCACUAGGCAGAGACUUUGAUACUUCUGCACAGAUAAGCCUCUAAUGCUUGAACAAGCACCAGGCUCAUCCACACAAGAAGAGCAUUUCACGCUGGCAGGUCAGGCAACAUCAGCACAGCAACCGUGAAGUCCUCAGGCAGGGGCUGUUGGGCACUGCGCACAGCAAGAGCAUGAACCCCUAUGCAGGGCUGAUGAGCCGCCUGCGCGCUGCCUGGCUGGCAGGGAGGACCCGUCCCAUGGAGUACCGGGUCUCCCAGCUGGAGGCGCUGGGCCGCUUCCUGGAUGAGAAGAAGAAGUCCAUUAUGGAUGCCUUGGCCGCAGACUUGCGCAAGCCUUGCUUUGAGGUGGAGGUCUCUGAGGUCAUCCUAUGCAAAAAUGAGCUCAACCAUGCACUGAGCAACCUGAGCAGUUGGAUGAAGGAUGAGCAUGUGGACAGGAAUCUGGUGACUCAGCUAGACACAGCCUUCAUCCGCAAGGAUCCCUAUGGCGUGGUGCUGAUCAUCGGGCCAUGGAAUUAUCCUGUCCAGCUCAUCCUGGUGCCACUGAUUGGGGCUAUUGCUGCUGGUAACUGUGUCAUCAUCAAACCUUCUGAGGUUAGCAGCUGUGUUGAGAAGCUCAUAGCUGAGUUGUUGCCCAGCUACCUGGACAAGGACUGCUUUGCGGUGGUGACUGGUGGUGUGAAGGAGACCACAGAGCUAUUAGAGAACAGAUUUGACUACAUCUUCUUCACUGGCAACUCCAGCAUAGGCAGGAUCAUUAUGGCAGCUGCUGCCAAGCACCUAACACCAGUGACAUUGGAGUUGGGGGGCAAGAACCCCUGCUAUGUAGCUGAAGAUUGUGACCUGCAGAAUGUGGCCAACCGGGUAGCCUGGGGCCGCUUCUUCAAUGCAGGACAGACCUGCAUUGCGCCUGACUAUGUGCUCUGCAGCCAGGAGACACAGGAGAAGUUACUGCCUGCCUUGCGCCGCGCUAUCACAGAAUUCUAUGGUGCUAACCCUCAGGAAUCGCCUGACUUUGCCCGCAUUGUCAGUGACAAGCAGUUCCAACGCUUGCAGGCCCUGAUGAAUGGUGGAUGUGUGGCUAUUGGAGGGCAGACGGAUGAGAAGGAGCGGUACAUUGCCCCCACAGUGCUGGUAGACGUGUCGAUAUCAGCACCUAUCAUGCAGGAGGAAAUCUUUGGGCCCAUCCUGCCCAUUGUCACUGUGGCGAACGUGGAAGAAGCCAUCGACUUCAUCAGUGCCCGGGAACGGCCGCUGGCUGUGUAUGCCUUCUCAUCUAACAAGAAGGUAUUGAACGAAGUGCUGAAGCGGACAAGUAGUGGUGGCUUUGGAGGCAAUGACACCAUUAUGCAUAUGACAUUGAUCACGCUGCCGUUUGGUGGAAUUGGGGAAAGUGGUUUGGGGAUGUACCAUGGCAAGUUCAGCUUCGACACCUUUUCUCAUCACCGCACCUGCCUGCUGCGCUACACAGGCCUGGAGAAGUUGAAUGAACUCCGCUACCCACCCUACACCCAGCGCAACUUGGCACUGCUGAGUUCUACCUUUGAGAUCAAGCGCAAGGGGUCCUGCACCCUGCUGUGAAGGGAGAAGUAGCCUGGCCUAGCCCAGCUCAGCUCCAUGCUGCUCACUCCACUCCCACUCUGCUCCAUUCCACGGUUGAGGGAACCUGCAGUGGGAGCUAAACAGGCAGGUUGGGAAAUUCCUGUUCUCACAAUCCCACUUGGAUAUACAUCCAGUCAGACACCCUCUUGGUAGUCAUGCCCUCAAUCAGGUUCAUCUCCUUCCAUCAUGCUGUGCCAUGUGCUCUACUCUGUCUACAUUUUUCCACUAUAGACUGCAUUAAAUUCUCCUGCGUGGUCUCCUCCUGUGGCUUCUUCACCUUCCAGGCCUCAACUCAGUUCAGCUGGCUCAGUGUGAGCUCAGGAACCAGGCCUGGUGGUUGCAUCCAAAACUGUCACAACUGGGCCCCCUUCCACUCCCUGUUGUCACUGAGCAGCCUCUGGGUGAAGUGAAGAAAGGGACCUACAAGCCAGUGCAAGGGAGCAGUGGUAGAACUGGGGGCGGGGGGGAGAGAGGGGGAAGGAUCACUGUAUCUGAGAGUGGGAGUCACCAGCAGAGCUCUCGUACUGGGGUAGCAGAAAAGCCACAGUUCAAGGUAGGAGGCAUCAGUGAGGCUGAGACAACAGAGGCUAUAGGUGGCCACAGAUUGUUUGGUCAAAUUCAAGUACUGUGUGUUAACUUUCAUGGUCUCUCCUUGAACUGGCAUACAAAAGAUCCAAAACCCACCUUUAUUUUUCACACAGACCCUUGCUUAGUGCCAUGGGGUGUGGACAGAUGUAACUAUUAAGAUAUUUUAAACUGGGUGUUUGUGACUGGGUUGAUGCAGGGAGAUUGAUCCAGGGAGGACACAGUGAUGAGCAUUGGCACCAUGUGGUGUAUGGCCAAGUGGGAAAGGAGCCCAGGUGUGCCAGGUUGCAGAUAGACCCCAUGGGUAAUGCUCACGUUUCCUCUCCUGUCCAGCAUACAUCUGUCAAACCCUUUAGCAGUGACUGAUCCAGGCACAUUUCAAGCAGAGUGGCCUUACUGUUCCUGGUUUAGCUCCACUGUACUCUCCUCCCCCCAGUUUCACAGGAAGAAGUUUGUGCUCUCUGAGUUUUCUUUCUCACUGGUUUAAGAAGAAAUGGGUAAUACGUGAGACUGUUCUGUGCCAAUGUGGGUAGUGUGUCAUGUAUUUCUGGGACAUGUUUGAUAUUUCAUAUUUCACUCUUGGUCCAUCACAAACACUUACUGUUGCCUCACUCACUCCAGUCACAAAUACUUUUUCACCUUUGCUUCCCCUCAUUGCUAAGUUCCCUCCCCAUCAUCCUGUCCUGUGACAACCUAGUCACAAACACCCUCUCUUAGUUACCUCCUAUAUCCUCCUGCCUGCCAAGUCACAAAUGCUAUCACCUUGCACUCUCCUUGGGCACGAACUCCCUGUUGCCUCACCUGUACCCCAGUCAUGAACAUGUGUUGCCUUCACAAUUCCCACCUUCUGAACCUUUGCUUCACUUGUCACCCUGCCUAAACGUGUCUGUCAUCAUCUUACAACCCCGAUCACCUAUCCCCCAUCCAGUCAUAAACACCCCUGUUAUGUCACCCUUCCCCUCUGCUAUUUGUCACAACCCCUACUCCUUUGCCUCCACUAUUCCUCACCCAGGCAAAAAGCACCACUUCCUCAUUUCUGCACUCCACCUGGUCAUGUAUACUCUGUCAUCCCACUCACACUUCACCUAGUUCCAAACACACUGGUUUACAUCACUAUCCCAAUCUGGCAGGACAAAAGUACCCCUGUUUGCUUCACCCAUUACCCUACCCACUCAUGUCCCCCACCAAGUCACAGAUACACUUCCUCAUCAUCUCUUUAUUACCCUGAGGCUGUUACAAAUAUCUUGUCAUCCUCCCCGUCCAGUAAUAACUUUCCCCUUGCUUAAUCCAUGCUGAAAAGUCACAACACAUGUUGCCUCUACUAUCCCAUCCCUUCUGCCAGAAAUAUCUAUCUUUUCCUCAUCUCCUCUUCUGACAACACAGUCACAAAGACUCCCCUAUUGUCAUCUCACACAUCAACCCCAUCUGCCCAGUGGCAGACAACCCCUUUGGCCUCCUCCAUAUGCCUGCUUGCUAGCAAAUGCCUAUAUUAUCACCCUCAACUCAUCACCAGAAAAUCACCCCUUUUUCCUCUGUAUGCUCUGCUCUGCUGUGUCACAAAUACUGCAUUGCCAUGGUUUUUUUUUUUAACUGAUUAAACAAUUUAUUCAUAGGUUGGAUGUAAUUGCUACACUUUCUAUAAAUCUGACUAAUAUUUAAACCAUUUAAGGGUAUAACACGUUAUUGCCUUCAGUAUUGCAUUUUGAAUUGCCGAGUUUUACAAUCAAUUUUACCAUGCAGUGGAUUUCCAGGGAUUAUUGCUCUGUAAGGUGCAGGAUCUCAUCUUGUAGGUAUUUUGAUGGUUGUUGUGGAAUAUUGUGUGGAAAUUUAGAUUUAAGAAACUAGCUCCCAAAAUUCUUGUGCAAUUAGCCAUGACCCUGUAUGACUGAACUUUAUUAUUAAGGUAUAUAUAUUUUCACCUGUACUAGAGAGAGCAUGGAAGGGUACAUCUAACUAAAAAUAAAACUGUGUUGCUGUGACUUUGGAACACCAGGCAUCCUCCAUGGGACAGGGAUUAACUGUAGUAAUUAAUGUAAUGAAUUGACUUCCAUGUGCAUGCAUCUCUUUCUGCCUACCAUAAAUGUCCAAUUUUUCAGUGUU